AGAAGGAGCAGGAACUGCGACUGUCUGCUGUUUUACCACAGCAGCAGCUCGAAACGGGAGACUAGGCAGGGAGGCGCGUGCGUGGCGCGCACCGGGGCACGUGGACACCCCCGCCCCCCCCCCCUACCUACAGAGCCGAGGCGAGGACUGUUUCGUGGGAACCGCGCCUCCUUUCUUCCUUUCUUCCUUCCCUCCUUCCUUCGUUCCUUCCCACCGUCGGACAGAACUAAGAACGAUCAGAACUUUCAGUGCGCAUCUGCCCCAGUCGAACCCCGGUGCGAAGGAGUCGCGCGCAAAGUUGUACUCUUUCUACUCUUUGCGGCACGUGGCUGCUGAGAACUUGCGCGCACUUUCGAGAGCCGCCGAGGAAGGCGAACCGCGGGAACGUGCGAGCGAGCGGCAGCGAGCCGGAAGGAGCAGCGCGCGCACGGGGAGCGGCGACAGUGGAGCGCGGAGCGGCCGCGACCCCAGCGACCACCAUCUGACCCGGGGGAAAAGUUCGCGCUCGAGGGGGCCGGGAGGCACGCUGGCAGGUGCGCGCCUCAGGUUACAUGCGCGCGCGCGCACUGCGCCACCAUAAAUAGAAGUUGCGCUAAAGGGCUGAGGCGCGCGCGCUCCCCCGCCGCGUCGCUGGCCGUCCCAUGGACUGACAUGGCCUCGGACCUCGGCAUGAGCGCGGAGCUGCCCGCGAGCCCGCUCGCCAUCGAGUACGUGAACGAUUUCGACCUCAUGAAGUUCGAGGUGAAGAAGGAGCCGCCCGAGGCGGAGCGCUACUGCCACCGCGUGCCGCCAGGCUCGCUCUCGUCCACGCCGAUCAGCACGCCCUGCUCCUCGGUGCCCUCGUCGCCCAGCUUCUGCGCGCCCAGCCCCGUUGGGCACCCGGCCCCGAACGCCGGGAACGCGCUCACCGGCGGUGGCGGCGGAGGUGGAGGCGGCGGCGGCGGCGGCCAGGCCUCGGCGGCGGGGAAGGCGCAGCUGGAGGAGCUCUACUGGAUCCCGGGCUACCAGCCGCACCUGAACCCGGAGGCCCUGAACCUGACGCCGGAGGACGCCGUAGAGGCGCUCAUCGGGAACGCGCACCACCACCAUCACCACCACCACCACCAGCCGUACGAGGGCUUCCGCGCGCAGCAGUUCGCGGGGGAGGACCUGUCGGUGGCCUCCGGCGCGCACCACGCGCACCACCACCACCAGGCGCACCACGCGCACCACCACGCGCACCACCACCACCACCACCAGCACCACCAGCAGCAGCAGCACGCGCGCCUCGAGGACCGCUUCACGGACGAGCAGCUCGUGAGCAUGACGGUGCGCGAGCUCAACCGGCAGCUGCGCGGCUUCAGCAAGGAGGAGGUGAUCCGCCUCAAGCAGAAGCGGCGCACGCUCAAGAACCGCGGCUACGCGCAGUCGUGCCGCUACAAGCGCGUGCAGCAGCGGCACCUGCUCGAGACGGAGAAGUGCACGCUGCAGGGCCAGGUGGAGCAGCUGAAGCAGGAGGUGGCGCGCCUGGCCAAGGAGAGGGACCUGUACAAGGACAAGUACGAGAAGCUGGCGAGCCGCGCCUUCGCGGGGGGCAACAGCAGCGGCAGCAACAACAGCAGCAACAACGGCGCGAGGGACCCGUCGGGUGGGGGUCUCGGGAAGCCCCCUGCCGCGGAGUUCUUCAUGUGAGACGCACGCUUCCCUCUCCUACACCUACAGGCGCGCGCGCGCGCACACCUUUCCCGGCGAUCCGUCGGCGUUUUCGUUCGCACACGUCCUUUCCCACGUGCGCGCCGCGAGAGAAGGCGUGUGUCCGAGCGAAGGAGCCGCUCGCCGCGGUUUCGGUCCCACGGACGCUACGUGAUCCGCUUUAAAGUUCAAACAGAAUACAGAUGUGAACGCGAGAAUUAAUUCGCGCAGCUAUGAUAAGCAACAACUAAAAAGACGGAGCCGCUAUACGAGGCGAACGUGGACCGUAAAGUGCGUAACAGGGACGAGACGCGUAACGAGAUGUUCCUCCCGCAAGAAAUAAAGGGAAACGUUGUUAACGCGGUCUGCGUGGCGCUAACUUAUUAUUCUCCAUCGGCACCAAAAGGGAAUCGUGUUCACAAUAUACAAUAGCUGUUUUCUUACAGUGACUGGGAUGAUUUUAACAGUGAAAAGUCGUUUACUGUUAUCAUUAUUGUUUUUUUUUUUCCGAUUUAUCCUUCUUGCUACUUUUUCGUUGUUAUUCCUACUUUACUCGUGUAAUGGUACUUAUCUGGCUAUUUUUAGGAUUCCAUGUGUGCAUUAUUAUUAUCAUUGCUGUUAUUAUUGUUAUUACUGUAGCACCGCGAACACUGGGACGGGAGGCAGCAGUAAACGGAAGGCGCGCGCGGUGCUGCGCUCUAUCGGCGUUGCAUCCGGGAACUUUUUUUAUUUCUGAUCAUAAUAAAAGACAGUAAAUUGUGAAGCUCACCGCUGUGUUCGCGUUCGUGGCCCUUCCCUCGGUCCAGAGCCGUGUGCGCGGCGUGGAAGAGUCACGUACUCGGAGAGAUGGCAAUAAUAGGGCGCCCUAUGGCGGGGACCCUCCAUGACAGCAGACGGCCAGAUGUUCUCCACUUUUAACUCGCUUUUAACUUGCUGAUUUCCGUUGUUCGCAGCACCACAGUGAACAGACACGUGAGGUUUUACAGGAAACAAACUGGACUUUCCGCGGGGACGCGAUGACCCCUCCGAACCGCGCGCGUGCCCAGCGAGCCUGCAUGCGGGACAUGUGCGGUUUUACUGUCUUUAAGUCCGCAGAUCCACGUGGAUGAGCAGCAUGACGCGCAUUUCCUCCUACUAAUGAAAUAAAACUAAUAAAUAAUAAUAAUAAGGAUAAUAUGAAAUAAUCUUUACUUUGUCGCCCCGCCUGCUUCCUCGGAGAGGGUUCGAGAAGAGAAGCGCCGCUGCCGGACUCAUGCCACGGCUGGAGAGAAUUUUACCGUGGGAAAAUACACUGUAAUUACAGUCACGUGUCAUCAAUUAGCGCCUCAUCGCAGAGGAGCUCCGUGAUUUCUGUUCCUUCCUUCCUCGUGGUUUGUGACGGAAGCUCUGAAAAGACAAGUGAGCCGCAUUUUUGACUCGUCCCUUCGCUCUUGUAAAUAUGUGUAGAGAUGACAGGUGACCGUGUCCUUUAUCUUACUUCGAAAGGCAUCUUUUGCUUGAUUAUUCAGAAAAAAAAAAGUCCUAAUACAAUGUUUGUAUGUAACGGCAUGCAAAUAUUCUGCGAUUUUCUCAUUCUAAUGAAUAUUUACAGUAAAAAGGCUGACAUUUACUGCACUGUGUCCCACACGAUGGACGAAACGGGUUUCAUGUCAAGCUGGUCCUCUGUCCACACAAAGGUGAGCUGGAGAUGAGAGAGAAGUAACAGGUAACAGCUGCUGCUCUGUGCUCGCGCGCCGAAUUUACUGCAAACGGAUUUAAUACCAUAGUAAAGUAAGGG